UCGCUGGUGCUAUGUGGAACAAUCCUCAUAUCCUGGUCAUGGACGAGCCCACCAACUACCUCGACCGCGACUCCCUCGGCGCCUUGGCUGGAGCCAUCCGCAAGUACGGAGGAGGAGUUGUUCUCAUCUCCCACAACCGCGAGUUCACCGAGGCUCUCUGCCCCGAGCGCUGGGUGGUUGAGAACGGAGAGCUGCGGCGCGAGGGAGAGGUCGCUGCGGACGAGAAGAUCGACGCGAGCGCCAACGAGGCUCCUGAUGAGGUGAUGGACUCGCUCGGCAACGUGAUCAAGGUCAAGAAGGAGAAGAAGCUGUCUGCCCGCGAUCAGAAGAAGCUCGAGAAGAAGAAGGCUCAGCGCAGGGCCGCCGGCCUCCCCUCCGACUCCGAGGAGGACUGA